AGGCCGCAAAAUCCAUGCGGUGGAUGCGGCAUGGCUGGAAAGGGCAUGAAGGGCCCAGGCAUGCCCGAUAUGAUGGGCAAAGGUGGUAAGGGCGAUGGCAUGGGAAAGAUGGGUAUGGGACCUCCACAGGGCAAGGGCGGCCAAGAUGGCGGCUCCUUGCUGGGAGGGGCCAACAUAAAAGCCGGCCUGCCAGGCCUGCUUUCAUCUUCUUCCAAAGGCGGCAAAGGAAAGGGCGACCUGGGCACCUGGGACGCCUCGCCAGGAAAAGGCAAGGGUGAGAAAGGAGGAUUCAAAGGUAAGGGUGGAAAGGACUACUACAGUCACAAGGGAAAAGGAAAAGGUAAGGAUGGCGGCGGAGGUAAAGGACCGCCAUCCAACAUGUCCACAGGAACGCCCCUGCAGCCCGGGACCGUGGCGUAGAGGGGUGGAUCAACAGUGAAGCUUCGGUUUAGUUCUUAGACUGAGCGAGUUUCACCCAAUAAGUUGCCCUUCGGGGCGGGUGGUGUCAGCCAUAGAACCUCGAUGAAACUCGUGGCAAGUUGCGAUGGAAA